GGCGCGCCCCCCCCCACCCCCCCCCCCCGAGCCCUCGCGUCUGGGCCGUGCCACCGCGUGGCUCUGUCUCCGGAGCACCUGGGCUGAGGCAGCUGUGACACUGGUGUGAGUGGCACCCUGGAAGCCACUGGGCCUUUGACAGUUCCCUCCUGGGAUUCUCUGAUCCUUAAACUUGAAGAGCCAUUAAAGGGCAUUUUAGGUUGUAUCUGCUGGUCCGGCGAUGAAGCAAGUCUCCACGAGCUGCUGAACUUUUCCCGAAUGCCCUGGAUGGAGUGAGGGGCCAGGGAGACGCAGGGGGCAGCGCAGACCCACGACGUCUUGUGUCGCUGCCUCUGGCAAAUAGGAGCCCGACCAGCCUGCCUUCCAGGCGGUGGCGAAUGAGCCCGCCUGUCUUACCUGUCACCCCUGCCCGAGCCCGGGCCUUUCCUCCCGCACCCCUGCUGGCACAGUGUCGGUGUGCAGAGGCCGAGCUGAGGCUUUCCUCCGGAGAAGAUGGCAGCUCUUCGUACGACCCCGGACUCACCAGCCACGCAGCUGGCGAAGGCGGAGGAUGGGUUGGGAUGUGGUCCUGCUCAGGAGGAAGAAGAGGAAGAAGAAAAGGGGGAAGAGGUGGAGCUGGAGGAGGAGGAGGAGGAGCUCCUAGCAGAGGAUGGGGAGGACCAGGCGGUGGUGGAGGAGGAAGAGGAGGAGGGGGGGCAGGCAGGGCACGUGGAGCAGGUGGAGGUGGAGGUGGAGGCGGACGAGGACGAGGACGAGGUGGUGGCAGAGGAGCAGAGUCCCACGUUGGGGACCCAGGGACGCCUUCACCGUGCCGGUGAUGCCAAGUCCCCAGUUCUUCAGGAAAAGGCCUUGCAGGCCAGCCAGGCUCCAGCCACACCUAGGGAUGAGGACCUGGAUGAGGAUGAGGAGGAUGAGGACGAGGAGGACGAGGAAGAUGAUGACGAUUCCCUGACAGCUGGGUCUCAGGGGCUGGUCACCUUUGAAGACGUGGCUGUGUAUUUCUCGCUGGAGGAGUGGGAGAGGCUGGACGCAGGCGAGCGGGACCUUUACAAGGAUGUCAUGCAGGAGAACUAUGGGAUCCUGGUGUCCUUGGGAUACCCAAUCCCCAAGCCGGAUCUGAUCUUCCGGCUGGAACAAGGGGAGGAGCCCUGGGUCCCAGAUAGCCCCCGUCCUGAGGAAGGAGACAUUGUCACUGGCGUCUACACAGGGGCCUGGUUCUGGACCGACGAUAUAGAGGACCACGAGGAGGAGGAGGACGAGGACUUCCUGGCGGAGGUGGCCGAGGAGGAGAACGAGCCCCCGGGGCUCUGGUCAGCAGCUUAUGGCGUGGGGGACGUGCCUGGGACAUGGGGCCCCGAUGACUCGGAUUCGGCGCAGACUCCGGAGGGUUGGGGUCUCGACCCCGGGGGCCUCGGGGUUCUGGCCGAGGGGUCCGAGGCGAAGCCUUUCCUGCCGGGCCGGGAGCCUGGCGCGAACCUGCUGGCACCCUGGGCGUUCCCUGCCACCGUGGCUCCUCCGGCAGGGCGGCCCGAGACCACGUGCGACGUGUGCGGCAAAGUGUUCCCGCACCGGUCCCGGCUGGCCAAGCACCAGCGCUACCACGCGGCCGUCAAGCCCUUCGGCUGCGACGAGUGCGGCAAGGGCUUCGUGUACCGCUCGCACCUGGCCAUCCACCAGCGCACGCACACCGGAGAGAAGCCCUUCCCGUGCCCGGACUGCGGCAAGCGCUUCGUCUACAAGUCGCACCUGGUCACGCACCGGCGCAUCCACACGGGCGAGCGGCCCUACCGCUGCGCCUUCUGCGGUGCGGGCUUCGGGCGCCGCUCCUACCUGGUCACGCACCAGCGCACGCACACCGGAGAGCGGCCCUACCCGUGUCCGCACUGCGGCCGCAGCUUCAGCCAGAGCUCGGCGCUUGCGCGGCACCAGGCGGUGCACACGGCCGACCGGCCGCACUGCUGCCCCGACUGCGGCCAGGCCUUCCGCCUGCGCGCCGACUUCCAGCGCCACCGGCGCGGCGGCGGUUGCACGGAGCCCGGCGGCGAAGGCCCUCGGCGGGAGGCCUGCGACGCGGUCCCUGCGGCGGGGCCCGAGGAGGCCGAGGCCGGGCCUGAGGGGCCGGAGGAGGCCGAGGCCGGCGAAGCGGACGGAGAGGCCGAGGUGGAGGCGAGAGAGGAGGCGGCGGCGGUGGGGCCCACCCCCGGGAGCAAGGAGGACCCCGAGCCGGACAGGCGGUUCCUCGAGGUGGGCAACGGCCUGGGGGAGGGCGAAGGCCCUUCCUCGCACCCCCUCGGCUUCCACUUUCCCGUGCACCCUAAGUCCUGGCUCCACCCGGACGGCUUCCCGAUCCUGGGCCUCCCGGACUUCGGGGACCGGCUGCCGGCCGACGGGCGCCCCCUGCCGGGACCCCUGGGGGGCCGGCUCGCCCUGGUGGAGGGCGCGGGGCUGGCUGUGGCCGACGACCGGCCCUACGCGUGCGGCGAGUGCGGCCGCCGCUUCGGGCAGAGCGCGGCGCUGACGCGGCACCAGUGGGCGCACGCCGAGGAGAAGCCGCACCGCUGCCCCGACUGCGGCAAGGGCUUCGGCCACAGCUCAGACUUCAAGCGGCACCGGCGCACGCACACGGGCGAGAAGCCCUUCCGCUGCACCGACUGCGGCCGCGGCUUCGCGCAGCGCUCCAACCUGGCCAAGCACCGGCGCGGCCACACGGGCGAGCGGCCCUUCCCGUGCCCCGAGUGCGGCAAGCGCUUCUCGCAGCGCUCGGUGCUCGUCACGCACCAGCGCACGCACACGGGCGAGCGGCCGUACGCCUGCGCCAACUGCGGCCGCCGCUUCUCGCAGAGCUCGCACCUGCUCACCCACAUGAAGACGCACCGCAGCGCGGCCGGCGCCCCCGGCUCGGCGGCCGCGCCCCCCGCGUCCAAGGCGGAGGCGCCCGCCAAGGGGCCGCCGGGCGCGGGCAGCGGGCCCGGGGAGCGCGGCAGCACCCUGCUGGAGUUCGCGGGCGGAACGAGCUUCGGCUCCGAGCCCGCGGCCGCCUUCGCGGGGCCCUCGGGCGCCUACGAGGAGAGCAUCCUGUGAUGGCCCGAGGCUGACGGAGGCGCAGCCCGCUGGGCCUCCGGCCCCUUGCUCCUCUGUCCUUGGGGUGCUGAGGGCCCCAGUCCUGGUGCGGUGCCUUCCCCUCAGCCCCCGGCGCACCGCCCCGCCUGCCCCCGCCCGGCCUCGGGCGCCCCUCCUGCCCGGCCCCGGGGAAACCGGGCCGCCAAGCCCGUCCGGCCGUACAGGGGGCGCGCGGGGAGAGGAGAGCCGCGCGCGCGGAGGAGGCGAGGGCAGGGGGCGGCCACCCCGACCAAGACUGCGGCAUCCCUGGGUCUGUGCUGUGAAGCCAAGCGGUAGGGAUGGCGGGCGAUGUUAUUUAUUUCACUCGGAUUCCAAUUUGGGUGGCCUGGGGUACCGGCGGCCGACGAGUUUGUGAGUGGGUUGUACAGCGAGGGCGGGGAUGCCCUUGCGUCAAGGGGAGGGGAGGGUGGUCGAGGGCAGAGCAUCCCGCUCCUCCUCCCGUGGGUUCGGCUGACGACUUCUUCCAUUCCUCAGUGAGAGACUUCAGGGACCUUCUGGUCAUUUGAGUGUGUCCGGGAAGUUUUAGGGACUGCGCGUGGCUAAGGGGAAGCCUUAGGGUUUCCAGAGGACGAUGUUCCUCGCUACCCCGGGGGGGACAGACAUGCAGCUAGGAGAGCUUUUAUUCUGUCUACUGUGGAUAUUUAUUUCCAUCUCUUGUGUGGCCUGAAGAAUCUGGGAGGAGAAAACGGCAGAAACCAAAUUUGUGGCCCCAGGCUGGUGGGUUGCAGGUGUUUGCAGGGUCCUGAGGGAGUUUGAAGCCUUAUUCUGGGGAGAGUCACCCACUCUCCCCACCCCACUGGAGCACCCGGAUCAGCCAGGCACUCGUGUUGCCGGGUGGGUUUCGGUCUCAGCCUCCUCUUCGAGCCCUUCGGUACUCUCACCCCCGACAGCCAGAGGCGGCACACUCAGAGAUCCUUGGGGGCCUCUUGCCCGCUGCUGAGCCAAGGCCCCAGCCUUCAGCUGCCUGGGCUGUCCCCUCCCCUGGGGCAGGUGGACACACAAGGCCCUGCCCUCUGAGCCCAAUGCUUCUUUAGAUUUAAUAACCAACUGUAAAGCAACAGGUCGGCAGCAGGAUCGUUUCUCACAACCCUACGGGCUUGGGGCCCUGUGAUGUCCGCAGGUCCCUUUAACUCUGCUUCUGUCACUAUUCUGUACUAGAAGCAAGUAGCGUUUCCGUUUAGAAUCCCAUUUCACAGGAUGGACAGUCUGCACAGUGGCAGUCCACCUCUGGGGGUGCGGACUUGAGCCUGUGGCUCAGUGACAAGCCAGGCACCCAGCUAUGCAAGGCCCACACCUGGUGGGCACCCCAACCUCCGGGUUGGGCCAUUGGGAGCCACUGGGCAGGCAGCUGAAGUGUGGCUCACGUGAGAGCCCUCUCUUCCCUCAUGCCUUUUGGGCCAAUGUGAGUGGGGCCAGAAAACAGACUUUGAAACAACUGCAUUCCCUUUUAGACCUAGUUCCUUCUGUUUUAGUGUAGGCAUGGCCUUGGGGCCUGAGAGCCAGCAGCCGGGCUCUCCAGCGCUGGGGGCGGGGUAGGAAGCGCAGUAGUUGGUGGGUGGGGCGGGGGCGUGGACGGUGGUGGUAAGAAUUGGCCUGGCUGGAUGAGGUGACGGGGUGGGGUGGGCGACGAGGAGGACAGGGGUCCCAGGAGGCGUCCGCAGUGCUGGGCGAUGCCUUCCUGCCCUCAGUUUCUUUCCUCUCCCUGUGGGCCGGGAACGUCGGGGGCCAAGGGCAGGGCGGAGUAGCCCUGCACGGCCGGGGUCCGGCUCCGUGCUCCUCCCUCCGUGCACACCCCUCAGAGUACGACCGGACCUUCGGUGCCCCUCCUGGGCCCCAGCUGCUGCUGCCUGGCCGCAGAGCCAUCGGCAGGAGGACCUAGCUUUAAUAAAGAGUGGAGAAAUGAGCUUUCUGACUGCAUUCCGUGUUGUUGCCGCUCGGCUCCUCCGUGCCCUCAGGGAGGCUCUCUGUGAGGGCUCGGGCCUUGUUUUUGCAAAAAAGAAAAAGAAGAAAAAAGGGUUUUUUGUUUGUUUGUUUUUUUAAGGAGUUUCUCCUUUCAGAAACUAAAAUUGGCCUCCGAGGAGUCAGCCCACGAUGAGCUUUGGCCUGCUGCCUGUGUCCGCCACGUCUCUCUGGGAGUCCCCAGCCACACUGCCACAUGCUCUUUGUAAUACACCCAUCCUGGAACCUUACUGUGUUUGGGAUUGUUUGCUCCAGCUUUCCCGCGGUCAAAGGAGAGGGGCCAGGUCCCCUUCCUGGGGGUCCAGACACCUGCCGAGUCCCAGACAUUUCCUCAGAGGCCCCAGCGCUUCGUGGGCUUAUCCGGGCUUACCUGCUCUGUGCCGGGGAGAAGCGCACAUCCCAGGACCCCAAACACCUUCCUUUGAGCUGAUUUACUGACUAUCUGCUCGCCACAUGAUGUCCCCCCAACCAGAUCUGACCUCCCACCCUUUCCCCAAGCAUUUGGAAAAGACAAACUAUGAAGUAAAUUCUCUUUCAAAUGUGAUUUCGAAGCAUCAGAACCGAGCCCAAUAUUUCAGUUAAAAAAAAAAAAAAAAGACAGGCUUUGAGAGGCAAAUGGAGGUUAAGACCUAGUUAAAAAUUGAUAGCCUUGAGGAUCUGGAAGUCUAUUCAGAAAAGGUAAAUUCUUCCCUGAUAGGGCUUACACCCGCCCCCCCAAAUUCAUUUUUAUUUGGGGGAUGGGGGGGGGGCCAAUCCUGAUGGUCAUAGAAAAAAAAAAGCCCUUCUGGUGUUGAGAGGACUUCUAAAUUAAUGGAGUCCCUAAUCAAUUCCCCAAGUAUCAGUUUAUCAGCUUCGAUCAUUGCCAAGGAGUGGAAGCCCCCGUGAGAUGUGACCCAUGAAAGGAGGUACUCUGAGAGUUUUGAGGCUCCGAGCAUCCCUGUGGCCUCCACCCACCUUUGUCAUUUUCCUGUUUGUCUACGGCUUGUAUUUCCCCAACCUCCUUCCUGUCUCCUGACCCUUACACUUGAUCUCUUCAGACACUUCCUUCUAACUUUUUUUCUUUCUCCAAUUGGCUACAUAUGGAAUAAAGUAUUUUGAGAUUUUUUGGUUAUAUUUAUUAAAUAAAGCUUUAUGAUCCUUGUU